UGGGAUGCAAGAGACAUUGUUGCAGCAGCCCGCCGCUCACCAUCUUCCCUCUUUAUGACAGAUAAACGCGUUCCUUCCGGUCGAGACGCGCACCGCAACCGCAACCUGUUGAAACGCAACGCGGUAGCCGGUCGCAUGAAUUCUGUCGGAUCAUAUCAGCUGAUCUUACGGUCGUUUUAUUUUGUUGUUGACUUUUAGAUUAGAUUCAUUCAACUGCACACAACUAGUUUAUUACCGAUAUUAAAACCAACAACAAAUAAAGAUCAUCUGUUAAAAUGGAUUGUUCUUCUGAGGCGGUGCAGUUGCUCUCGGAUGAAGUCACCGCUCCAAUGGAAUUGAAGAAAGGAAUGUCCAUAUUUCUGGAUAUCUUAAGAAGAGCAGAUAAAAAUGACGAUGGGAAGUUGUCGUUUGAUGAGUUCAGAGCCUACUUCCAUGACGGAGUUUUAACAUCAGAUCAACUGAAGGAGCUCUUUAACACCAUAGACACUCACAACACAGACAAUGUGGACACUGACGAGCUGUGUGAGUACUUCUCCCAGCACCUUGGUGAAUACGAGAAGGUCCUGGCAGCCCUGGAGGACCUCAACAUGACAAUACUGAAGGCUAUGGGCAAGACCAAGAAGGACUACCAGGAAGCCACACACCUGGAGCAGUUCGUGACCCGCUUCCUGUUGAAAGAGACAACCAAUCAGCUCCACUCGCUGCAGAGCUCCCUGGAAUGUGCCAUGGAGACCACGGCCGAGCAAACCCGUCAGGAGAGACGAGGCCCAGUGAAGCCUGAUGUUCUGUCCAUCCAGUGGUCAGGGAGAAGAUCCAACCGAAGGCUUCAAAGAAAUAACAGUCUGUCUCCCAACAACCCGCUACUGAGCCUGGUCAACUCAGGUCUGUAUGAGGAGGACAACCAAUGGAUGACUCAGGUCAACAGACUCCAGAAGCUUAUUGACCGGCUAGAGAAAAAGGAGGUUCGUAUGGAGCCAGUUGAAGAGGAGGUGUUGGAAGGAAUCACCAAAUCACACAUCCUGAUAGUCCAGAGGCAGCUGAAUGUGUUGGAGGAGUACCUGGAUGAGUUCCGGCUGGCUCUCAGACAGUACAUGGAGUGUGCCUGCGCCCAGACCGGGUGCCUGCAUGUGGCAGUUCAGCGACUGGCUAAAGAGUCCCGUUUCAUUCUGUACGAGUUCUGGGAACACAACCACGUGUGGAAGAACCAUCUCCAGACGAACUACAGUAAGACGUUCCAGAGAGGCAACGUGGACUUCCUGGAGACACCGGAGCUCAUGACCACCAUGCUGGUGCCUGCCUCCUGGUGGGUCCUAAACAACAACUGAAUGACAUCACGCCAGGACGACUGAGGACCGCUAUCGAUCAGAAACGUAGUUUGUAGUCUAUCGGCUAUCAUUAGCAUUGUCAUUGGGAAGAAGCGCGCACACACACACACACACACACACACACACACACACACACA